AUGCCAACGAGCCAACUCCCACAAGCCAAGUCCCACGAGCCAAGUCCCACGAGCCAAGUCCCACAAGCCAACGCCCACAAGCCCACUUCCGCAAGCCGACUUGCGCGUAUCAAUGCCCACAAGACCGACACCCACAAGACCGACACCCACAAAGCCGACUCCCACAAGGCCGACUUCCACAAGGCCGACUCCCACAAGGCCGACUCCCACAAGGCCGACUCCCACAAGGCCGACUCCCACAAGGCCGACUCCCACAAGGCCGACCGAGUCCAGCCAUUGCACUGA